UACAAAUAUAUUAUGUCCAUCCUAUAUCUGUUAGUGUUGACAUAACUACGAUUGUGUUGUCAUUUGAAUUGUGUACUUUGUGAACGAUACUCUGUAUAUUGAGGGAACAUUAAAUUGAAAUAAAAAUGAAAGAGCUCGCAGUAUUUAUAGUUUUAGUCGUGUAUUGUGUUGGUCCACCUAUAGAAACUGUUAAAAGAUCGAGACACAUUGAUUUUUGGAACAGAUAUCAAGACAAAGUUAUGGACGUUACUGAUUUCUCCGUGUACUACGACCUAAAUACAAAUGAAACAAUACGAAGAAUGAUGCCUAGACCCUGGUAUAAGCCGGGAUGGUUGCUGCGUUUGCCAUUUUCUGGGGGACCUUGCGAGUGCAAGCAAAUGCAAUGCACUUGUUGCACGGGAAUUAGAAUUCAAACAUUAAAUUAUGACAGAAGAACGUGCACAGUUUUGAGUUACGAGCCCGAGGACUCUAUUUUCAAUAUGGACGUCAAGGUGAACAACGCUACUGUCUUCCAAAAUACGUACUCAGCCAGAAAUCCGCCACCAUUCUGUGUCCCAGUACCUGUGCCCUACCUACCGCCGGGUCUUGUAGACAUGUGUGUGCGCCUCUUUGAUGUUUCUGUUGUCGAUGGCAAAUUUCAUAUUUGUAUGGAUAUGGACACAAGAGUGGACAAGGCACCAGUUUUGAUACUGCAUUUCGAUUGCAUGGAUAUGGGAGCCGGAGGUGUAGGACUAUCGAAACCUGGAGGUAGCAACAAUCAAACAGACUCAACCACAACAACAGCUGUAGAGCCUACCCAGGUUAAUAGUGACGUGUACGAUCCGGUCUUUGAGGACAAAAACAUAACUGCAAAUCCAAUUUUCAAGAACAGCAUUAAAUAUAUUUAGAUUUCGAA